AUGUUCUGGAACCGCCGUUGCCGCCAGAAAUUUCAGCAUCUCCUUUAUGUACAUGAUGAUCGCGUGGAGCUGAACCGAUUGCACAACCCCUGUGGGACUCAUUUUUGGCUCGACAAACGACACACCAAUGAGUUUGCAGACAUCUUCCAGAUAGUAAUCGUGUAUGGGGUACAUGGCGUUAGCCUUGGAGUACUCAGCCACCGUCAUAUUUUCAAAGAAGCACGCCCACUUCGACACUUCAGCGGUAGCACUGCAGAGCACAAGUUUCAGUUUGCCCGGGUUACGCUCCAUCACAAGCUUCAUCAUAAGGAGCAAAACCUCUACUUCAACGGUGCGCUCGUGGAACUCAUCAAAGAUGACAUGUGUGAGGUCAAUAUCCUCCGGUGA